ACCUGAGCGCCAUAUUAGUGCUCUUCUUCUCUGUUUUGUUUUUUUAUAUUUUAAUCAAGAUACUGAAUUUCAUAAUUGCAAACAAUUGGACAAAUUGGGGAGACAUUUUCAAAAAUUUCGUACCCAAACAAUGAUAUUCCAGAGCGAAAUGCACCUAAGAUCAAAUAUUUCGAGCCGGCUUCCGUGGAAAAUUCAGACUUUCUUUUUGAUGCUGCGAUCACAUGAAAACAUAAACUUUGAGGCUCAAUUAGCUAAAUACAUGGCAAUUGAAUCAUGAGCCGUUGAAAAUAUUUGGAUCUGUUUUAUCAUUAGCCCUAAUAAUUCAGGAGAACACUGCAAAAGUUUUUGUAGGCUCAAAUCAAUAGAGCUAUCACAUUUCCAUGCAUGGCCUUUUACAUUUCUUCACCACCACUAAACAUCAUCCUCUUCUACUUCACUCCCAUUACCUGAAAACCCAUCACCUGUCUUCACUUUUUUCACUUCUACAUUCAUGCAAAGACCUCAGAACUCUCAAACAAAUCCAUGCUUCUUUGCUCGUCUCCACUGGUUUUAAUGAAUCCAUUUCCUUUCCUUCAACAAAGCUUAUUUCCUUCUACUCCAAAUUUAAUGACCUCGAAAGUGCAAUUUCAGUUUUUAGUCUUUUGCAAGAGCCUAAUACUUUAUCAUGGAAUUUGAUUAUGAGAACCCAUCUUGAUUUCGGGCUUGUGACUGAGGCUUUGUUACUGUAUAAGAAAAUGAGAGAAUCGGGUGUUAAAACCGACGCUUUUACUUUUCCUACAAUAAAUAGAGCUGUUAUGUCUCUUAAGAGUGAUGUGUUGUUGGGAAAAAUGGUCCAUUGUGAUGCAAUGAAACUGGGUUUUGGAUAUGAUUUAUAUUUCUGCAAUACUAUGAUAGAAGUUUAUGCAAGAUGUGGGUGUGUUUAUUACGGUCGCGUAAUGUUUGAUGAAAUGUCGCCGAGGGAUCUGGUUUCUUGGACAUCCAUGAUUUCUGGGUAUGUUUCUGAAGGAAAUGUUUUUAGUGCUUUUGAAUUGUUUAAUAAAAUGAGGCUGGAGAUGGAACCGAAUUCUGUAACACUGAUUGUUAUGUUGAAGGGAUGUUAUGCAUAUGAUAAUUUCAGUGAAGGGAGGCAACUUCAUUGUUAUAUCAUCAAGAAUGGCCUGUUAAUUUAUGGGUCUGUGCAGAAUUCAAUUCUAAGAAUGUACAGUAUAACAGGUUCUGCCAAAGAAGUGGAAUCCUUAUUUGUUGAAAUUUAUAGGAGGGAUGUUAUUUCUUGGAAUACUUUGAUUGGUUUCUAUGCAUUGAGAGGAGAUGCUGAAGAAAUGGUUUGUGGGUUUAAUCAAAUGCGCGGUGAAGUAGCACUUAGCAGUGAGACUUUAACUUUAGUUAUAUCAGUUUUCGCAAAGAUUGGGAAUCUGGUUGAGGGUGAAAAGCUGCACUCUUUCUCCAUAAAAGUUGGACUCUGCGACGAUGUUUUGCUAGCUUCGCUCUUAGACUUUUAUGCGAAGUGUGGGGAGUUGAGAAAUUCAGUUCAGUUGUUUGGAGAAAUUCCUUGUCGAAGCAGUAGUACUUGGAAGUUAAUGAUGUCUGGGUGUAUUCAAAAUGGCUACUUUGAUGAGGCCAUUCAUUUGUUUCGGCAAAUGCAAGCUUCAGGUGUUCAGCUCCAAGCUCAAAUUUUAGGAAGCCUUGUUGACGCAUGUAGCCAUCUGGGUUCACUACAAUUGUGCAAAGAAAUCCAUGGAUAUCUCACGAGGAAUUUCUUUUACAUACUCGAGGGAGACAAUAUACACUUAGGCACCUCUAUCCUUAAUAUGUACAUAAGAUGUGGAAGCAUUUCCUCUGCAAGAGAAUAUUUUAACAGAAUGGUCGCGAAAGAUAAUAUAACAUGGACAUCAAUGAUUGAGGGCUAUGGAAUUCAUGGAAUGGCUAUAGAAGCCCUAAAACUUUUCAAUCAGAUGCUGGUGGAAAGAGUACUACCAAAUAGGGUAACAUUCUUGAGUUUGCUGUCUGCUUGUAGCCACUCUGGUCUUAUCAGACAAGGCUGCGAGUUGUUUCUUUCUAUGAAAUGGGUAUUCGGUAUGGAGCCAGAUUUAGAUCACUACACUUGCAUGGUGGAUCUGUUAGGUCGAUGUGGAAAGAUCAAAGAGGCAUUAGCCAUGAUAAUAAGAAUGGUGGUUGUUGCUGACAGUAGAAUUUGGGGUGCUCUUGUAGCUUCCUGUAGAGUCCAUGGAGACAAGAAAGUUGGAGAAUUCGCAGCACAAAGGCUUCUGGAAAUGGAAUCUGAUAAUGUAGGAUAUUACACAUUGCUAAGUAACAUACAAGCUAUGGUUGGGAAGUGGGACGAAGUGGAACAAGUUAGGAAAGUUAUUCACGAGAAGGACCUGAGGAAGACACCAGGUUGGAGCUGCAUAGUGGGAAAAGGGAGGAAUUAUUGUUUCAUAUCUGGUGAUAGAACACACAAACAAGCAGAGGAAAUUUAUGAUGUAUUAAGACAUCUGAGUACUAAAGUACAGGAAUUCGGGCAUUAUUGAUUUUUCCUGGUUUUAUUGGCAUAUACUGUAGGGACUUGAGAAUAUGGAGAAAACAAGGCUAUUUGCAAGAGACCGACCCUUUUAAGGAAAAGAAAUUAAAUCAUCAUUGAAGUUCAUUUUAUUCUUC